GGUGACGUAGUGCCGCCGGCGCGGGCGGGUGACGCGACGGGGCCCGUUGUCUGUGUGUGGGGCUAGGGGCCCCGGGGGCGGCGGGGGCUCCCGGCGGGGGGCGGCGGUGGGUCGGGAGGGCCUGGACAUGGCGCUGAGGGGCUGCCCCGCGGGAAGAUGAAUAAGGGCUGGCUGGAGCUGGAGAGCGACCCUGGCCUCUUCACCCUCCUGGUGGAAGAUUUCGGUGUCAAAGGGGUGCAGGUGGAGGAGAUCUAUGACCUUCAGAGCAAAUGCCAGGGCCCCGUGUAUGGAUUCAUCUUCCUGUUCAAAUGGAUCGAAGAGCGCCGAUCCCGUCGCAAGGUCUCUACCUUGGUGGAUGAUACAUCUGUGAUUGAUGAUGAUAUUGUGAAUAACAUGUUCUUUGCCCACCAGCUGAUCCCCAACUCUUGUGCCACUCAUGCCCUGCUGAGCGUGCUCCUGAACUGCAGCAAUGUGGACCUGGGGCCCACCCUGAGUCGCAUGAAGGACUUCACCAAGGGCUUCAGCCCUGAGAGCAAAGGAUAUGCGAUUGGCAAUGCUCCAGAGUUGGCCAAGGCACAUAAUAGCCAUGCCAGGCCUGAGCCACGCCAUCUCCCCGAGAAGCAGAAUGGCCUUAGUGCUGUGCGGACCAUGGAGGCAUUCCACUUUGUCAGCUAUGUGCCUAUCACAGGCCGGCUUUUUGAGCUGGAUGGGCUGAAGGUUUACCCCAUUGACCAUGGGCCUUGGGGGGAGGAUGAGGAGUGGACAGACAAGGCCCGGAGGGUCAUCAUGGAGCGUAUCGGCCUCGCCACUGCAGGGGAGCCCUACCAUGACAUCCGCUUCAACCUGAUGGCGGUGGUGCCCGACCGCAGGAUCAAGUAUGAGGCCAGGCUGCACGUUCUGAAGGUGAACCGUCAGACAGUACUGGAGGCCCUGCAGCAGCUGAUUAGGGUAACGCAGCCAGAGCUGAUUCAGACCCACAAGUCUCAAGAGUCACAGUUGCCUGAAGAGACCAAAGCAGUCAGCAGCAAGUCCCCUCUGGCCCUGGAAACAAGCAGGGCCCCAGCGGCCUCUGAGGGCACCCACACAGAUGGUGUGGAGGAGGUGGCUGGUUCGUGCCCACAAGCCCCGACCCACAGCCCUCCCAGCAAACCCAAGCUGGUGGUGAAGCCUCCAGGGAGCAGCAUCAAUGGGGUUCCCCCAAACCCCACUCCUAUCGUCCAGCGGCUGCCAGCCUUUCUGGACAAUCACAACUAUGCCAAGUCCCCCAUGCAGGAGGAGGAAGACCUGGCAGCAGGUGUGGGCCGCAGCCGAGUUCCAGUCCGCCCACCCCAGCAGUACUCAGAUGACGAGGACGACUACGAGGAUGACGAGGAGGAUGACGUGCAGAACACCAACUCCGCCAUCAGGUAUAAGCGAAAGGGGCCGGGGAAACCAGGGCCAUUGAGUGGCUCUGGGGAUGGGCAGCUGUCGGUGCUGCAGCCCAACACCAUCAACGUCUUGGCCGAGAAGCUCAAAGAGUCCCAGAAAGACCUCUCAAUUCCUCUGUCCAUCAAGACGAGCAGCGGGGCCGGGAGUCCAGCUGUGGCAGUGCCCACGCACUCACAGCCCUCGCCCACCCCCAGCAAUGAGAGCACUGACACAGCCUCUGAGAUCGGCAGCGCUUUCAAUUCGCCACUACGCUCGCCUAUCCGCUCGGCCAACCCCACGCGGCCCUCUAGCCCCGUCACCUCCCACAUCUCCAAGGUGCUUUUUGGAGAGGACGACAGCCUGCUGCGUGUUGACUGCAUACGCUACAAUCGUGCUGUACGCGACCUGGGUCCUGUCAUCAGCACGGGCCUGCUGCACCUGGCUGAGGACGGUGUGCUGAGUCCCCUGGCACUGACAGAGAGUGGGAAGGGUUCCUCACCUUCCAUCAGACCGAGCCAAGGCAGCCAGGGGUCUGGUAGCCCAGAGGAGAAAGAGGUGGUGGAGGCUGUGGAUAGCAGAGAGAAGCCUGGGCUGGUCAGGCCUAGUGAGCCCUUGAGCGGGGAGAAGUACUCACCCAAGGAGCUGCUGGCACUGCUGAAGUGUGUGGAGGCUGAGAUUGCAAACUACGAGGCCUGCCUCAAGGAAGAGGUGGAGAAGAGGAAGAAGUUCAAGAUCGACGACCAGAGAAGAACACACAACUACGAUGAGUUCAUCUGCACCUUCAUCUCCAUGCUGGCUCAGGAAGGCAUGCUGGCCAACCUGGUGGAGCAGAACAUCUCGGUGCGGCGGCGCCAGGGGGUCAGCAUUGGCCGACUCCACAAGCAGCGGAAGCCUGACCGGCGGAAACGCUCACGCCCCUACAAGGCCAAGCGCCAGUGAGGACUGCUGGCCCUGACCCUGCCGCUCACUCUUGCCACAUGGCCCUCACCAGGGCCCUCCCCUGCCCCACUCUCCCUCUUCCCAGUAUUACCGAAUAGUUCCAGUCAGAGUGCCCAGACCCUGGGAAUAGGAGCCAGGCCAGGAUUCUCUGCACGGUACCCCAGUGCCUGCCAGGGCAGGGCUGCCCCGUCAUGCUCUGGAAGCAGGAGCUGGGGCACAGGGAGGUGCUGCAGCUUCCUCCACAGCCGGCUGUGGAGUGGCAGGACCUGGCCUUUCUGCCUGGGCAGCAGAAUAUAUAUUUUACCUACA